AUGCAUCAUAUUGCAUUCAUAAAAAGUGUCAAAGCCAAGUCUCAUACUUUCCUCAUUUCUGCCUCAGGAAAAAAAGCCAAGGUGGCCCGGCGUAUUCAGUACAAACCUACCCGUGUUCAUCAUACCCGAGCAUACAUCAAGAAGAAAAUGGCAGCUGCUGAACAAACGAACAAUGAUCUUAGGGAGGAGGUUAGUAGCCUCAAAGAAGGUAUGGAAAAGAUAACUGCAAUGAUGAUGGACAUGAUGGCCGCACAGGCACAAGCCUCUCAAGCAAAAAUUGUUCAGACUGUUCAGGCAGAUGUUGAAGUCUCUCAGCCUGCUGGUUCUACUGCAACUAUUAGUGCUCCACAGCCCUUGGUGAAUCAGUUCUCCUCUGGUGAUAUGACAAAUAUGUAUAAUUCAGGGUUUCGUCCUGCUGGCUCUCUCGGUUCUUCUAUUCCUCCUCAGUAUCAUAUGCCGCCAGGCUAUCCGUGGGGCAUGCCACUCGCAAAUAAUGAAGGUGGUCGUCAUAAUGCACCAGAAAUGCAGCUUCCUUUUGGACAUCAACAAACACCGUUUUAUCAGUCCGGCCAGCCUUUUCCUCAGGCUACUAUGACCUAUGCUGGACCCCUUGUUCAUGCUGCUCAUCAAGAAGAAGAACAGGUUUAUCACUCCAAUAGUGUGGCUGGUGAUGAUAGGGUGGGAAACUUGGAAGAAAGGUUUGAGGCGGUGCACAAAGAGUUAAAGACUAUCCGCGGUAAAGAAAUGUUCAGUCAGAAUGUGAAUGACCUCUGCUUGGUUCCAGAUGUGGUGAUACCUCAUAAGUUUAAAAUGCCGAUCUUUGAAAAGUACACAGGGGAUACUUGCCCUGAGAUGCAUUUAGUCACAUAUGUCAGGAAGAUGGUAGCUCACAAGAAUAAUGAGCCUCUGCUUAUUCACUGUUUCCAGGACAGUUUGACUGGUCCCGCACACACAUGGUAUAUGAAUUUGAAGGGCAUCACAACCUUUGAGGAAUUGGCCAAUGCUUUCAUCCAACAGUACAAGUAUAACUCUUAUCUGGCACCUAACCGGAAAGAACUGCAAUCUAUGACUCAGGGUGAUAAGGAAUCUUUCAAGGAAUACGCUCAGCGCUUCAUUCAAAAGUCUGCUCAGAUCCGUCCGCCUCUAGAUGAAAGAGAAGUGUCUGAUCUAUUCUAUGAGACUCUGAGCCCUUUCUACUCAGAGAAGAUGCUUGGUUGUGCUUCACAAAAGUUUACUGAUAUGGUAGAUAUGGGUGUGCGCAUUGAAGAUUGGGUCCGUAGGGGACGUGUGAGUAAAGAUGGUACUUCUUCAGGUGGUUCAUCUAAUGGUAACAGGAAGUUCGGAAAUGGGUACUCAAAGAAGAACGCUCAAGAGGUUGGCAUGGUGGCCCAUGGCGGAUCCCAGCCUAUAUACCCUAGCUACCCCUAUGUUGCUAACAUUCCAUCACCUACCCCAACUCCACAAAAUCCAAACUAUCAACUACAAAGGCCUCAAACACCCCAUCCAUAUUAUCCACCACUAUAUCAACCACAACCUUAUCAACCCCAACCGUUUUAUCAACAACCAUACUAUCCCCCACCACCUCAACAACAACAGCCUCGCCCUCGAGCUCAACAACAACAGCCUCGCCCUCAAAGAAACCAAUUUCCCCCUAUCCCCAUGACAUAUGAAGCCUUGUUACCUUCUUUGCUUGCCAGAGGUCUUGUUCAGACCCGACCACCUCCUCGUGUGCAGAACCCUUUACCCCCAUGGUUCCGUGCUGAUAGAAAUUGUGCCUUCCAUCAAGGGGCACCAGGACACGACAUUGAACACUGUUACCCCCUUAAAGAGGCAGUUCAAAAGUUGAUUCACAGCAAAGAUUUAUCCUUCACUGACCCGAACCCUACUGCUCCAGACCAUCCUCUGCCACCCCAUGGGCCUACUGUUAACAUGGUUGAAGAUUAUCAAGAAGGGGGUCUUGUCACUCGCUCUCAGGAUAUCAAAACUCCGUUGGUUCCAUUACAUGUGAAGAUGUGUGAGGCAGCUAUGUUUAGCCACAAUCAUAAUAUUUGUGAAGUAUGUUCUGUGGAUCCCCGCGGUUGCGCGCAGGUUCAAGAUGAUGUGCAAGGGCUAAUGGAUCGGGGAGAGCUGGUAGUCACGAGGGAGGACAAGAGUGUAUGUGUUGUAAUCCCUGUGUUCAAGGAUAGUGCGAAACCAAUUGAUGGUGUUACUCCAGUGUUCAAGGACAAUUCCAAGCCAGCUGUCACUCCUCUUGUGAUUUGUGUGCCGAGACCCGAGCCGUUUUUCUCUCCAAACGCCAUGCCGUAUAACUAUGAACCUACAAGCAUAGAGAAUGGUAAAGAGAUAUCCUGGAGCCCUUCAACUUCCGUGAGUAACAUUGCGGAGAGUAGUCAAAUUCUGAGAAGUGGACGUAUCCUUCCGGUUGUUGUGCAAGCAAAGAAGAAAGCUCCGGUGAUAGAGUCAGUGCCAAUACAAGAUCCUAGCAAGGGUAAGAGUGUGGUUCAACCUGGUGAAACUGAUAAUGAUGAGAUCUUGAAGCUGAUCAAGAAAAGUGAUUAUAAGAUAGUGGAUCAGUUAUUGCAGACUCCAUCAAAGAUUUCUAUCAUGUCAUUAUUGACAAGCUCUGAUGCUCAUAGGGAUGCGUUGAUGAAAGUGUUGAAUCAAGCUUACGUAGACCACGAUGUGACUUUGGGUCAAUUUGGGAGCAUUGUUGGAAAUGUGACGGCAUGCAACAAUCUGAGUUUCAGUGAUGAAGACCUCCCAGUGGAAGGGAAGAACCAUAAUAUGGCCUUGCAUAUCUCUGUUAUGUGCAAAACAGAUUCUUUGUCCAAUGUCUUGAUAGACACCGGUUCUUCUCUCAAUGUGAUGGCGAAGACGACCUUUGAUAGAUUGACAUAUUCAGAUGGAUUUAUUAGGCCUAGUUGCGUAUCAGUAAGGGCGUUUGAUGGAUCCAGGAAGUCGGUAUGGGGAGAAGUAGAUUUACCUAUCACUGUUGGGCCCCAAGAGUUUAAAGUUACAUUCCAGAUAAUGGAUAUUCAAGCUUCCUAUAGCUGUUUACUUGGUAGACCAUGGAUUCAUGAAGCCGGGGCAGUAACAUCCACCCUUCAUCAAAAGUUAAAGUUUGUGAGUCGUGGAAAACUUGUUACAGUAAGUGGCGAAUCAGCUCUUUUGGUUAGCCAUUUGUCGUCUUUUUCCUUCAUUGGUGGUGAAAGUUCGGAUGGAACGUCAUUCCAAGGACUUUCGGUCGAAAGCGGUACUACAAGAGGUGAAACAUGCAUGGCCUCUCUAAAGGAUGCUCAGAGAGUAAUUCAAGAAGGAAAAGCAGAAGGUUGGGGGAAGUUAGUACAGUUGCCUGAGAACAAGCGCAAAGAAGGUCUGGGUUUCUCCGGCAAUAAGCAAGUGAUGUUCGACCCAACUAGAGGUACUUUUCACAGUGCUGGAUUCAUUAAUGCGCCACCUGAGACUAAUGCAAUCUUGGAAGAUCAAUCAGAAGAGGUGGCCCCUGACUUUGUAACUCCGGGUGGAAACUGCUGCAAUUGGAUUGCUGUUGACAUCCCUUCUGCGAUACCUCUUUCUAAACUGAACAUACAUGAGCCCGUUGAACAUGAUGACCCUAUGUUACCUCCCAACUUUGAGUUCCCAGUUUACGAGGCUUGGGUAGAAGAGGAUGAAGAGAUUCCCGAUGAACUCCGAUGGAUGUUAGAGCAAGAAAGAAAAGCUAUUCAGCCUUACAAGGAAGAAAUAGAGUUGAUCAACCUGGGCACUGAGGAUGAUAAAAAAGAAAUUAAGAUUGGAGCGUCGUUGGAGGCGUCUGUCAAGAAAAAGAUAAUUGAGCUUCUCAGAGAGUAUGAUGAUAUAUUUGCAUGGUCCUACAAAGACAUGCCGGGGUUAGACCAUGAUGUUGUGGAACACCGUUUGCCUUUAAAGCCCGAGUGUCCUCCAGUCAAGCAGAAGUUAAGAAGAUCUCAUCCAGAUAUGGCUCUCAAGAUCAAAGAGGAAGUGCGAAAGCAAAUUGAUGCAGGUUUCUUGAUUACCUCUGAAUAUCCUCAAUGGUUGGCCAACAUAGUGCCCGUUCCAAAGAAAGAUGGUAAGGUCAGAAUGUGUGUUGACUAUCGGGAUUUGAACAAAGCUAGUCCGAAGGAUGAUUUCCCUUUACCUCACAUUGAUGUAUUGGUUGAUAGUACUGCUAGAUGCAAGGUAUUCUCCUUCAUGGAUGGAUUCUCCGGGUAUAACCAGAUCAAGAUGGCUCCAGAAGAUAGAGAAAAGACGUCGUUCAUCACGCCUUGGGGCGCGUUCUGCUACUUAGUAAUGCCGUUUGGGUUGAUAAAUGCUGGUGCCACUUACCAGAGAGGCAUGACUAAAAUAUUCCACGAUAUGAUACAUAAAGAGAUUGAAGUGUAUGUGGAUGACAUGAUUGUCAAAUCAGGUACUGAAGAAGAACAUGUUGAAUCCGGCAAGCUCUUGGGUUUUAUCGUCAGCCAGAAGGGUAUUGAAGUAGAUCCUGACAAAGUCAAAGCUAUCAGGGAAAUGCCUGCUCCAAGGACAGAGAAACAAGUUAGAGGUUUUCUAGGAAGACUGAACUACAUCUCCAGAUUCAUCUCUCAUAUGACUGCCACAUGUGGGCCGAUAUUCAAGUUACUCCGUAAAGAUCAAGGGAUUGUUUGGACGGAAGAUUGCCAGAAAGCUUUUGACAGCAUCAAAGGGUAUUUGUUAGAACCUCCGAUUCUUGUCCCUCCGGUCGAAGGGAGGCCUUUGAUCAUGUAUUUGACUGUGUUAGAAGAUUCUAUGGGCUGUGUGUUGGGUCAACAAGACGAGACUGGAAAGAAAGAGCACGCCAUUUACUACUUGAGUAAGAAGUUUACCGAUUGUGAGUCCCGAUAUUCUAUGCUUGAGAAAACCUGUUGCGCUUUGGCAUGGGCUGCUAAGCGUCUUCGUCACUAUAUGGUUAAUCACACUACUUGGUUGAUAUCCAAAAUGGAUCCGAUCAAGUACAUUUUUGAGAAGCCGGCUUUAACAGGAAGAAUUGCUCGUUGGCAGAUGUUAUUGUCCGAGUAUGAUAUUGUCUACCGCACUCAGAAAGCCAUCAAAGGUAGUAUUCUGGCUGACCAUUUAGCUCAUCAACCAAUUGAAGAUUAUCAGCCUAUCAAGUUUGAUUUUCCAGAUGAAGAGAUCAUGUAUUUAAAGAUGAAAGAUUGUGACGAACCGUUGUUUGGUGAAGGUCCUGAUCCAGACUCCAAGUGGGGUUUGAUAUUUGAUGGGGCGGUUAAUGUCUAUGGUAAUGGAAUAGGGGCAGUUAUCCUUACUCCAAAGGGUACUCACAUUCCUUUCACUGCAAGACUCCGGUUUGAUUGUACGAACAACAUUGCAGAAUAUGAAGCUUGCAUCAUGGGUAUUGAAGAAGCCAUUGACUUGAGGAUUAAAAAUAUUGACAUAUACGGAGAUUCUGCUCUUGUGAUUAACCAGAUCAAAGGAAAAUGGGAGACUCAUCAUGAUGGUUUGGUACCGUACAGAGACUAUGCAAGACGUCUUUUGACUUUCUUCAACAAGGUGGAACUGUACCACAUUCCUCGGGAUGAGAAUCAAAUGGCGGAUGCCCUAGCUACUUUAUCUUCAAUGAUCAAAGUGAAUCAUGGCAAUGACGUGCCGCUGAUCAGUGUCAAAUUCCUUGAUAGGCCUGCUUAUGUGUUUGCAGCCGAAGCAGUUUUCGAUGAUAAGCCGUGGUUUCAUGAUAUUAAGGUGUUUCUUCAAACUCAAGAGUACCCUCCUGGGGCAUCCCGUAAAGAUAAGAGAACUUUAAGAAGAUUGUCUGGUAACUUCUUUCUAAGUGGAGAUGUUUUGUACAAAAGGAACUUUGAUUCAGUUUUGCUCCGAUGUGUGGACCGACGAGAAGCAGAUUUGUUAAUGCAUGAGAUACAUGAAGGAUCAUUUGGGACCCAUUCUAGUGGAUAUUCAAUGGCUAAGAAAGCAUUGAGAGCAGGCUACUACUGGAUAACGAUGCAUGCUGACUGCCAUCACUAUGCUAAGAAAUGUCACAAAUGCCAGAUUUAUGCGGACAAGAUUCAUGUGCCGCCGUCUAUGCUCAAUGUUAUCUCAUCUCCGUGGCCGUUCUCUAUGUGGGGCAUUGAUAUGAUUGGUCGGAUCGAACCAAAAGCUUCCAAUGGACAUCGAUUCAUACUAGUGGCCAUUGACUACUUCACCAAGUGGGUUGAAGCGGCUUCUUAUGCCAAUGUGACCAAGCAAGUGGUGGUCCGGUUUAUCAAGAACAAUAUCAUAUGUCGCUAUGGCGUCCCUAACAAGAUUAUCACGGAUAAUGGUACGAAUCUGAACAAUAAAAUGAUGAAGGAAUUGUGUGAUGAUUUCAAGAUUGAGCAUCAUAACUCUUCUCCUUAUAGACCCCAGAUGAAUGGUGCAGUCGAAGCUGCAAACAAGAAUAUCAAGAAAAUUGUGCAGAAGAUGGUGGUCACCUAUAAGGACUGGCAUGAGAUGUUACCCUAUGCUUUGUAUGGUUACCGUACUUCAGUGCGUACUUCAACAGGGGCAACCCCUUUCUCCUUGGUGUAUGGUACGGAAGCGAUACUUCCUGUAGAAGUUGAAAUCCCGUCUUUGAGAGUCUUGAUGGAAGCUGAGUUGUCAGAGGCUGAAUGGUGUCAGAAUAGGUACGAUCAGUUGAAUUUGAUUGAGGAGAAGCGCAUGGCUGCUUUGUGUCACGGACAACUAUAUCAGACAAGGAUGAAACAAGCAUUUGAUAAGAAGGUUCGUCCCCGUGAAUUUAAAGAAGGAGACCUAGUAGUCAAGAGUAUCAAGUCUUUUCAACCAGACCCUAGGGGCAAGUGGACACCUAAUUAUGAAGGUCCCUAUGUAGUGAAGAGAGCUUUCUCUGGUGGUGCUUUAAUUCUUACAACCAUGGAUGGAGAGGAUUUACCUCGUCCUGUGAAUUCUGAUGCAGUCAAGAAAUACUGGUUGUGCCCUGAUGAAGAUUACCGGGUUGUUUGUACUAUGGUACCGGGCCAUUUCCGUUCUGGACCUGCCCAAUCACCCCUCAAAAAUCUUGCCAUUGUAUUGUCAUAUGUGUCUCAUACAUAUUCAUUCAUUCAUGCAUAG